UACAGCAGGUGCCAUAUUGGUGGCCUGUGCAAAACUUCGUUCCACCAGCAUCAGUAAAUUUUGCUGCUGCUCCUCCACAAAUGAUGGGGGGCACAACAAUGAUGAUGCCUGGGAACCCAAAUCUCACUCCUGGUGUGUUUCUGAGAGAUGUAGACGAUGAGGUGGAGCAUCAGUACAUAAAGAAGCCACCGAAUGCCUUCAUGGUGUUUGCCAGGAAGCAUCGCAAAGCACUCAUGGGAAAACUGGACAAGAAAGACAGCGCGUCAGUAAAUGUCAUCCUGGGAGAAAUGUGGAAUUCACUACCGCAGCAAGACCAGGCCAAAUACUAUGAGGAAGCAGAUGUUGAGAGGCGACGUCAUGCCCAGUUGUAUCCCAACUGGUCAAUGUGUGACAACUAUGGCAAAAAGAGGAAGAGGAUGAGGGGUACUGUUACAGAUCCUGAAGCUCCACAGCCCACAAGGAUGUGUGUGGCUCCGGUCCAGACGGGCAUGAUGGGGCCUGAACGAUACCCUACACAAGGAGAAUCGCAGUCUGUGAGCAACAUUGCAUGUUUACAACAGCAGCAGCCUAAAGCCAGCCUUCCUGCUUUUGUGCAUAACUUCAUGCCUCCAGCUGCUCCGACUUCAUCCGGGAUGGCGUUUUCACAGCUUCUGAGUGGCGUAAAUUACAUGCCCCUGGCCCAUGACAAACACACCCGACCGUUGACUGUGAAUUCUACUGAGCCUCAGAGCUUAGAGGAAGAGCUCCACGUAAUACUGGAGCGAUUUGAGGAAGAAUCCUCCACUACACAGACAGAGCAGUCAUCUGCGGCCCUGAAUUUAGAAGAAGAGCUCCAAAGCUUACUGGAGCGUUUUCAGAACAAGCCCUCGACUGCACAGUUAGGCACAGACAGGCUCCACUGCGUCUUUGAGGGUUUAGGAAUCACUGCUGCUGAUACGGGAGGUUGUUGAGAGUCCUGCAAGGGCUGGGAUGGUGGAGCCAACCUGUGAAGACAAAGGAAGUACUAUUGGAGCAUUUUGAAACCGCACAACAGACUUUACUGUUUGUGGUUCAUAGUCACAAUUGUUAAUGAAUCGUCAAAAGUUUACAACCUGUUUUUUGUUGUUGUUGGUUUUUUUUUUUUUUUUUUAAAUCAAGGGCAAUAACAUGGCUCAGCACUUUAUUUCAUGAUGAGAUGCCACUGGUUUCUCAUGAGAACGGACACAAAGGGAGCGGCUCAAAUGCAAUAACUGAACUUGUGUUUAAAGCCUGUGCGUAUGGACAUUAUUCAUCUCUUCAUCUAGUAUCUCCCACCACUCCUGUUGGAUUUCAUCCAACGGCUAUCACCUCGGUUCGUGCUUCAAGACAUUGGUACUGCCUGUUGCCUUACACCUAGCCGUAGUAAGGAUGCAUACACAAUAUAUUAUUCAAGUGACCCAAUCCAGUUUUUUCCCCCCCCCCUCCUGUGUAGUGAAGUUCAGACAUUAAUUCAUCUCCAAAAGUAUUUGAACAGUGAGGCAAACGUCUUUCAUUUUUGCUGUAGACUGAAAACAUUUGGGUUUGACGUCAAAAGAGGAAUAGAGACAAGAACUUAAUGUUAUGGCUUUUAAGACUUCUUAUUUAGGUGAGCAAAAGUAUUGGAACAGAUGGGCUUUCAAAUGAGUGAAUGAGACUGGUUGAUAUUUAGUUGCAAAUCCUUUCAUCAAUAAGCAUUGUUUUGUAAUAACUACACCACAGACUCAGUUGUUUUGGGGGGUUUACUCCUUCCAGUCUCUUUAGCAGGUAAAAUACAUCCUCUACAGGCUUUAAGUCUGGAGAUUGACUUGGCCAGUCUAAAACCUACUUCUUGCCCCUGAUGAACUCUUUUGUUUUGGGAGUCUUUAGUUGUGCCCGCAGAUGUAAUAUUUUUUUUAGAGUAUUUACUUACAGCUCGCAAUGUUUCAGCCAACUGCUGUUUUCCUUGAUCUACCAGCGAAUGUCUGCGUCUCUUUCCAUAUGGUUGAAUUGGCUAUUUAGCCAACGUUUUGUGCAAUGGCUAUGAUUCAUUUUCCAUCUAUCAUCUUCACAAUCAAGACGAAAAAUGGGCGUUAGGGUAGAUACGACAUACAGUAAGUACCCUGUCGUUACGUCGUUUUACUUUUUUCUGUCAUCGAAAUACAGUACAUCGGCCAAUGACAAAGUAGUAAUGUGUGAAAAGUAUAAUACUAGGGCCAAACUAAACAGUAAUAUUUAUCUUAUCUAAUGUUGAUCUUGUCAAACUUCUCAACUGCACUAUAGCAUCAUUGCACUCUUUGACCAAGUACUUUAAUGAACUUGAUAUUUGCGCUAUUAUAUGCUGCACAGACUUAACCUCCUAAAUUGUUAAUUGCCACUGUAUAUAAUCUGUAAAUAUGUUUUUAUCCUAUACACAUGUAGACAUACUAUAUAAUAUAUGAAACGUGUAUAUUGUAACUUCACUGUUUAUCAUUGUACAUAACAGAUGAUCCAUCACUUAUGCUGCAGUAUGUAAUUAUUUAUUUUUGCACUUCUGAUUUGAUGCCAGCUGCAUUUCAUUGGCUACAGUAUG